UGCUUUAUGUGCUUCAGCACACUGGGAAUCACAAUGGUUGCAAAGGAGUUCAAAGUGGACUUAAACAAGCCUUUAGUUUGUCAGGUCGGUCAACUUGAGGAAGCUUACCAAGAAUGGGUUCACCAGCCUAUUGUGAGCAAGGAAGGACCACGUUUUUUUGAAAAUAACUUUAUGGAGUUUUUGACGCGAACAUUAUGGUGGGUUAUCCCAAUUGUAUGGCUUCCAGUUGUUUGCUGGUCUGCAUUGAUUUCAAUUCGCAUGGGAAUGUUGCCAUUUCGGGCUGCUUUGCUGAUUAUGACUGGAGUACUGGUAUGGACAUUGCUUGAGUACACCUUGCAUCGAUUCCUUUUCCACGUGAAGACAAAAAGUUACUGGGCAAACACAUUCCAUUAUCUGCUUCAUGGAUGUCAUCAUAAGCACCCUAUGGAUGGUUUGCGCCUUGUUUUUCCACCUGCUGCAACCGCCAUUCUUUGCAUUCCAUUAUGGGGUUUAAUUAGACUCUUAUCGACCCCAGCUUCUGCUCCUGCCAUAUUUGCUGGUGGUUUGCUCGGUUAUGUGAUCUAUGAUUGCACACACUACUACCUCCACCAUGGAUCACCAUCCAUAGAACCAGCUAGACAUCUCAAGCGUUAUCAUCUAAACCAUCACUUCAAAAUUCAAACCAAGGGUUUUGGGAUCACAUCUUCAUUGUGGGAUAUUGUGUUUGGGACUUUACCUCCUGCAAAGAAAGCCCAGAAGAGCAGUUAAUUCUUUUUGCUUCCUGUAAUUAAUUCAUGGAUGGGAUAAAUCUCCCUAAUUAAAUAUGAUUUAUGUGAAUCAGUUUAUUUUUGGUGUAAGAUUUUUUCAAUUCCAUUGUUACUGCUAUGAUGCUAUCUAUGAUCAGUUUUUUAUAAUAGCUAUGCCA